CAAUUUUAAAAAACCAACAAUAACAACAAUAGUAGUUAUAAAUUUUAUAUCAUAUUAUUACAAUAAUCAAAACAUAAUAUUUUUUUCAUGUAUAUAUAGAAAUAAUAAUUUAUUUAUUUAUGAAGUAUACACAUAAAAAUAUUCAUAUAUGUUAUCUUUUUUUAACUCACAACAAUUUUUUUUUUUUUUUUUUUAAUUUUUUUUGUAUGUUUUAUUUUUAAUAUUUUUUAUACAUAUCUAUCAUUAAUUAAACAUAUAACAUAAUACUAAUCCAUUUCCUUUGAAAUUAAUAGUAUAUAGAAUUAAAGUAAUAACAAAUAAUAUAAUUAUAUAAUAUUAAAUAAAGGAUUAAAAAGAAAAAAACAAUAAUAAUAAUAAUAAUCAAAAAUAUAAUAUAUAUAUUAGAAAAAAAAAGUAAAAAUUAAAAAUGUUAAACUCAAAACAUUCAGAACCUCAAUUAAUUAAUGAUAAAAAAGAUAUAUUAAUUAAAGAACAACAACAAGUAGCCUCAUCAUCAUCUUUGAAUACUAAUAAAGCAUAUCAAUAUGAAAUCGUUAAACAAGUAGGUCAAGGUACAUUUGGUAAAGUUUAUGAAGCAAAGAAUCAAGAUAACAAAAGAGUAGCAAUCAAAAAAGUGGAAAAAUCAAACCAUUUUAUAAGUAGAGAAUAUGAUAUCCUAAAGAUAGUUCAACACCAAAAUUGUUUAAGAAUAUUGGAUAUUUUUUAUACAUCUGAAGAAAAUAAAAAGAUGCAAAAUUUAGUUUUUGAUUUUAUUCCCUAUACUUUAGCAAAUUUAUUAAAGAAAAGACAAUUAUCAAUUAAUUUUAUUAGAGUUUUAUUUUAUCAAUUAUGCCAAGCUAUAAAACAUAUUCAUUCAAAGAACAUUUGUCACAGAGAUAUCACACCAAACAAUAUUCUUUUAAGCUCAAAAGGUGAAUUAACCUUGGCUGAUUUUGGAAGUGCUAAGAUUUUAGAACCAAACCAUACCAGUAUGUCCUAUAUCUGUUCAAGAUAUUAUAGAGCACCCGAACUUUUGGUUGGUUGCUCAAACUAUACAACAAAAAUUGAUAUUUGGUCUAUUGGUUGUAUUUUAGCUGAAAUGUUAAUAGGAAAACCAUUAUUCCCAGGUACCAACUCAAACGAUCAAUUAGGUAGAAUUAUCGAGGUUUUAGGUUCCCCAACAAAAGAAGAUAUGGAAUCAAUGAAACCAAGCAAGCCAUAUCAUCUUCAGUUACCAAAUAUUAGCCCAAAAUUUUUAGAUACUUUACAUAACAUUGAAGAUAAAUCAGUUAUAGAUUUAUUAUCAAAAAUUUUUAUUUUUGAUCCAAUUAAAAGAGCAUCAAUUGAAGAAAUUAUUGCUCAUCCAUUUUUAAGAGAUGCCAAUUUAAAUAAUUUAGAAUUGUUCGAUGAAAUGAAAUGUUUUUCAACAAAUAACAAAGUUAGUGCCAAUCACACCUCUUCAUCAUCAUCGACAACCACCAUUUCCAAUAUGAACUCUUUGACCAGUUCAAGUAGCAAUAAUAAAACAGCAUCAGAGAGCUAUCUCUCCAGAUUAAAUACAAGCGCAAUGACAAGUACAAAUAAUUUAAAAAGUACUGAUGGAAAAUCUUCAAAUUCAAACAACAUCCCAAGUUUGAAUAAUAGCAAUAAUGGUGUUAGUAUAAAUACUAUUUAAAAACAAUCAAUAAAAAACAACAUAAAUCAAAUCUAAAUUUUAAAAACAAAAAAAAAACAAAAAAAAUAUAUUCUAACAAUUGUAAUACAAUAUAAUAAAUUACAACCAAAAUAAAUAAUAUAUAAUGCGCAUGUACAUAACACAUAAAAUAAAUAACACUCAAUGAUAUAAUAUAGUAUAUAAAAUUUAAAAUUUAAAAUAAAAUAAUUAAAAUUAAAAUAU